UCUGCUCGGUGGAGGCGCGUCCGUUGGAGGGAAAAGCGGGAUUCAAUUUCAAACUCUGGCCAUUGAGAACCAACGCCGACGGAUUGGGCGACGCUAUUAAAAAAACAACAACAACAACAUAGCGAUUGCGAUAUAGGGGUAAAAAACGUCAAAGGUCGCGUAGUCGCUCAUUUCGCGCCGAAAAAAAAAAGAUCACUGGUUCGUUCUCGCCGUUGAUUUCUUUACAAAAAAAAAAAAAAAAAAAAACGACGCCGGGUUCAGGUGUAGUGUAUAAUCCUGUUCCGAGUGCCCUUUUCGCCGCUCUGACGACGACGUCUCGACGCCGAUUUUGCGGGAAAAAAAACAUGCCGAGGCCCAACAGGCAGCGGGAGUACAAACCAGGAGACCUGGUCUUCGCCAAAAUGAAGGGCUACCCGCACUGGCCCGCCAGGAUUGACGAGUUCCCAGAGCGAGCAGUGAAGUCUCCCUCCAACAAGUACCAGGUGUUCUUUUUUGGGACACACGAGACGGCAUCCCUCGGGGCGAAGGACUUGUUCCCAUACGACGAAUGCAAAGAGAGGUUCGGAAAGGCCAACAAGAGGAAAGGCUUCGCCGAGGGCCUCUGGGAGAUUGAGAACAACCCCACCGUCACGCACGAAGGCUACAAGUCGUCAAAGAAGGACGACGCGUCCGAAGAAGCCGCCGGCUCGGAGAAAGCCGACGCGGAGGGGAGCAGUGACGAGGACGAGGGCGCCCUGGUCAUUGACGAGAAGAACGACAGAGGGGGAAACAAGCGCAAGGUGGACGAGUCGGCUGAGGUGUCGCCCAAGCGGCCGAAGGACGCCGAGGGUGCCUCCGACGGAGACAAUGCGAAGAUGGAGGGCAAGGUCAAUGACGUGGCCACGCCCAAAGCGUCCGAGGACAACGCCGCGGCGCCGGGAAAGCAAACGGCAGAUAAGGUUGUGACAGAGAGUGCUUAACGUCAGCCCACUACAAAAAAAGAACCCCGGUAAGAUGCUUCUCAUCUGGAAUAGAAGCGUGGACGCCAUGACGUGCAAGAAGUCAGAUUUCACAAGUUCAAUUCAUAUUUUCAACAACAAAAAAAACAAAAAAGGGGUUUGUAUGAAUAGACAAGCAAAUGUUUAUUUGUCAAAUUGGGAUAUCAUAUAUCCCAAUAGUUACAAUAACAAUCGGAUAUCAAAACCAAUGGAGCUGUUUGGGGCUCGUUUAUAAAUGGGGAUUUUGGUGUGUACAUAUUUUUUAUUUCCAAGUGCAAUUAAGUAAUUACGCAGCGUGAACGCCAGGUGUCAAAGAAACAAGCAAAAAGGGUAACUCAAGAUAUGAAAAUACUCUCAUUUAAGGUCUCUGAUUAUGGAUAUUGUGAUAUUGUAUAUGGUAAAAGGAAAAAAAUCACUCAUGCUUUCAGCUUUAAAUUUAAAUGUUUCGCUGCUGGUUGUUUUGCAUCCGCCGCUGACAUUCAAAUGCGGAUAUUUCAGUUUGUAAUCCCGUUGACGUCCCUGGGGUUUCCCCAAAGUACCCGUAGGCAAACAUCACGUCCACAUCCAAAUGUAUAUAAACACAGGAGAUGUGCAUUUACAACAAAACGUCAAUUCUCACUUCGAAUAAAACAUGAAUACGUCACGGCGGUUGGCAUCCAUUUUGUUUUUUGGGGAAACCCUGCCAUUCAACAUGCUCUUGUGUGGUAUUUGGUUGCUUUUCGGUGAUGUGCUCAUUGAGGGUGCCCACGUGUGAAUAAUUUAACAUCUGAUUGUGUAUUGAAUAUAUUAUAUAUAAAUUAAAUUUAUAUAUAUAUUUAGACCCUGUCUCAGAGCAACAAUCUAAGCGUUAAUUAUGUUCCUACUUCUGAAGAUCGUUUACCGCCGUCAUAUUCGGAAGCAGAAAGACAUUCCCGCAUGCUCUGCCAUGUUAGCGUGUAGCCCAGUCAAACUAUCUCAAACAUUGACACUCUUCAAGUUCAUCUCAACAGACAUUAAAUAUGAUUAGGACAAAAUAAAGUGUUGCUGUAAUUGUGAACAUUUGACUGCAUUGCGUUUAACCACUGUGACGUUUUUUCCUCAUCUUUCACAUGUAUCGUAUUUCCUUAACUAGUGACCCGGUUGACUGUAGUUAUCUCAGUUCAUACUCUAAUCAACCAAAACGGCAGCGCUAAAACUUGCCUCGUUCUUUUUAUGUAGCUUUAAAAUAUCCUUUCACUGGGUAUAAGUUGUAAUAGCCACAAAUGCAGUUAAUUGAAUUCCUCAACUUGGCCACCAAUUUGCAGAAAUACGGUAUGUGCUUGCAAGUGUUUGUUUUUGUAGUGAGGCAUCUGGAAAAAAAAAAUAUUGAUCUUCAAAAUUGCUUAACUGGAAUUU